AUGGAAGAGCAAGCCAGAGACACUUCUGGCCCAGAGCCAAUUGCGAUCAUUGGCAUGGGCUGUCGCUUUGCAGGCGAAGCAUCUUCUGUUGAAGGAUUCUGGGACAUGCUGCGCCUAGGUCGAAGGGAGCAUGGGCGUGUUCCUGCCAGUCGUUAUCAAGCCUCCGCCUGGGAACAUCCCAGUCACGAGCGCAAAGGGGCUAUCAAUCACGACAGUGGCUUCUUUCUAGCCGAGGAUCCAUCCCGCUUUGAUGCGCCCUUCUUCUCCAUCACGUCCAAGGAAGCUGCAGGCAUGGAUCCUGUUCAGCGUAUUCUGCUUGAAGUGGCGUAUGAAGCUUUUGAAAAUGGCGGCGUUCCGAUGGAAACCCUCCCCGGUAGUGCAACCGGCGUCUAUAGCGGAUGCAUGACCAAUGACUACGAGCUGCUUUCAACCCGAGAUAUAAUGGACAUGCCACAUAACUCGGCUACGGGUAAUGGGAGAACUAUGUUGGCUAACCGACUUUCAUGGUUCUUUGAUCUUCGUGGUACCAGUAUCAUGAUGGACACGGCUUGCGCUGGUGACCGGAGCAAGCCUGAUAUUGCAUCCGAGUUUUACCCAGCGGUUGUCGUAUAUGCAUAUGCUCAGGGUGAGGGAUUCGGUGCAAUCUUACUCAAACCCUUGUCCAAGGCCAUGGCAGACGGUGACACGAUCAGAGCAAUCGUUCGCGCUACUGGAUCUAAUCAGGAUGGACGUACCCCGGGAAUCACCAUGCCGAAUGCAACCGCCCAGGCUGAUUUGAUCAGAGCGACCUAUUCUCAAGCUGGAUUGUCGAUGGGAGAUACCUCAUACUUUGAAGCCCAUGGGACUGGGACAGCUAUUGGUGAUCCUACUGAACUGUCUGCUAUUGGAGCAAGCUUCGGAGCCGCGCGAACGCCAGGUGAUGAGCCAGUUUACGUCGGAUCCGUCAAAAGUAACCUAGGGCAUACCGAGGGUGCUGCGGGCGUGGCUAGUAUUAUCAAGGUGGUUCUUUGCUUAGAAAAGGGGAUGCUGGUUCCUAACGCAGGCUUCUCGAGCCUGAACCCUAAGAUUCGACUGGAGGAAUGGGGCUUGCGCUUAAGCAACAGCACCACACCGUGGCCAUCUCAUUUGCCGCAACGUGCGAGCAUCAACUCUUUUGGCUUCGGUGGUGCCAACGCACAUGCCAUUCUCGAGAGCACAGCUCAGUAUCUUGGUAAGACACAAGCUCCGUCCGACUCUACCAUAGAAGGGACACCCCAGGUUGUUGUGGUAUCCACGCAUGACCAGUCUGGGUUAGACCGUACGGCCGACAAAUGGACGAGUUUCCUUAAUCCGUGCGUCGAUGGUAAAAGAAAAGACAUUGCCUUGUUAGAUGUAGCACACACUAUGGCUACACGGCGAUCCCAGCUUCCGUUCCGCAGUUUUGCUGUGGUGAACUCACUAGCAGAGCUGCGAAAUGUGAUGGCCGCAGGCUUGCCCACUUUCCCUCGGGCGAGCCGUAAGAACCAGACGCACCUAGCGUUCGUUUUCACGGGCCAAGGUGCCCAAUGGCCACGCAUGGGUGUCCAGCUAUUGGCAAACCCAGUGUUUGCGGCCAGUAUGGAACGAAGUCAGCAGGUGCUGCAGAGCUUGGACUGCUCGUGGGAUUUGCUCGAGGAGAUCCGCACAGGGGCGACAACAAGCCGUAUCAAUCGACCCGAUCGCAUUCAGCCUUCUUGCUGUGCUUUACAGGUGGCAUUGGUAGACAUGCUCCGCAGCUGGGGGGUGACUCCUAAAGCAGUGGUAGGCCAUUCCAGUGGUGAAGUCGGGGCCGCCUAUGCGGCCGGCUAUCUUACACAUGAGGAUGCCAUCCGAGUCACGUAUUUCCGCGGUGUACUGUCUCAACGGAUUGCUGAAAGUGGGUGCCGUGGUGGUAUGCUCGCUGCCGGCAUCUCCGCCGCUGAUGCGCAGGAAUAUUUGCAGACCUUACCCCCGGAGUCCGUGGUGGUAGCCUGUGUGAACAGCCCAUCGAGUGUCACUCUUUCCGGCAAUAUAGAAGAAAUUAACCUGCUUGAGAAGCGCUUGCAAGCGGAUGGCUGUUUUGCGCGCAAGCUGCGCGUAGACACUGCGUACCACUCACCGCAUAUGAGAGCGUUGGCUGAUGACUAUAAGGCAGCCAUUGAAUCCAUUCAGCCAGUCGACAGUUACAAUGGUUCUAUAUCUAUGUUCUCGUCUGUCACGAAAGAGCUCUUGCAGGCAACGGAUCUGGACGCGUCAUACUGGGUGCGCAAUCUGGUCAGCCCAGUCGAGUUUGCUGCAGCAGUCACCAAAGUUGUUACCAUGACCGAGGCUGGCAGAGGGCGAGGGAGACGACGAGUGGUCCCAGUCAAAUGGGCAGGAUUCUUGGAGAUUGGCCCACACGAAGCUCUUAAAGGGCCGUUCAACCAGACCCUGCAGGAAGCCAAUGCUGAUUUGGCUUCCACUCCUUACAGGAGUCUGGUGCUCCGCAAGCAGGAUUCUCGACAGACAGCCCUCCAAGCUGCCGGGCUCCUGUGGUGUUUGGGCUAUGCGAUCAACCUAGAUACAGCAAAUCAAAGCUUUCUGGAGAGCAGAAGGCCACAGGUGAGCCGAGACCUUCCAUCUUAUGCUUGGAAUCAUCAGUCCACCUUCUGGCAUGAGCCAUUGGAAUCAGCCCGGCUGCGACAGCGCAAAGAACCCCGUCACGACCUCCUCGGUGUGCCUUGGGACUACCAGAACGAGCUGGAGCCGCGGUGGCGUAACUUCCUGCGGGUGUCGGAACUGCCCUGGCUUGCGGACCAUGUGGUCGCUGGCUCUAUAGUAUAUCCAGCAGCAGGGAUGGUGUCCAUGGUCGCAGAGGCAGCCCGUCAGCUUGCAGACAUUACGAAGUGGUUAGAGGGGAUUGAGUUUUACGAUUUGGACUUUUUCCGGGGAGUUGUAAUUCCUCCAGACGAACGGGGGCUGGAAAUAGUUCUCCAUGUCGCGCCGCAUCACGGCAUGAAUGGAUGGUACGAAUUCGGCAUCUUCUCCUUGCCCGAGAGCUCCUCCUGGGUUCAGCAUGCGAAAGGUGCUUUUGCUCCACGGUAUGCUGAUGAGGAUGGAGUUGGAUGUGCUGCAGACUGGCAAUGCACUGUACAACGGGUGCGACAGACGCAAGCUUUGGCAAAGAAGGCUGAGGUCGAGGCCGUCUAUGAAUGGCUGUCAGAAACGGGCGGCGUCACUCUAGGGCCGACCUUCCGGUCCAUGGCUGGUGUAGCUUUUGACUCGGAGUCUCGUCUGUACGUUACUGGAGUUGCACCGAACACCAAGCAGACGAUGCCAUAUGAGCGUGAAUCUCCAUGUCUUGUCCAUCCCACCUCUCUGGAUAGUCUCUUCCAGGCUGCUGUGGUGUCAUGCUCAGAUGCCCUGUCCAAUCACAAUGCCAAUAUCCCCGUGGGAGUAGAGCGCCUUUAUCUCUCCACGGCCUUCUCCUUGCAGCCUGGUGAUCGAUUCGAUGUCCAUGUCGAGACACGCUAUGAGAACGGCGUUUCUUUCACGGAGUCCAUCGCCUCGGACCCAUCCUGGCAGCAGCCUGGGGUGGUUCUGCAAGGGGUGCGAUUAGGUCGCGUGCCUACGCGGUCCGGCAGCUCGACCAAAGAGGAGAUCCAGCAAAGCCGAUUCUCGACGCUUCAUUGGGCUGAGCACGUGGAUUCUUUCGGUGGUCUAGAAGGCCGUUGCUCUGGUGGUCUGCAGAGCUGGCUUGGCCGGGUCUGCCACACUCAUGGAGAUGCUCGUGUCCUUGCGGUGACUACCAAAGACAUAGGUCCGGUGGUUGAAGCUCUCAAAAAAUAUGCGCCAAAACGCAGUCAUCGGCCGCGACCCCAAAAGCUCACCAUUGUGCUAUCUGACCCUGACACAGAGGUAUCAACGAACCAGGUUAAGGUCAUUAAAGAAUCCCUAGAUGGGUGUCAGGUUCUGCCAGUUGCCUCAUUGCAGGAUAUAGGCACGGACUUGCUGGGCGAAACCGCCUAUGAUGCGAUCAUUGUUGAUCAUCCCGAUGUCUGGAGUGAAGAUAACACAGAUGCAUUUUUCGACUCUUUUCUUUCUAUUACUAGGCCGGACUCUUGGAUUGCCGCUCGAGCGACUGCUGAAAACCACGAUGCGGCCAUUCGCAAUGCGGGCCAUGCGGACUGGGAAGUACAGGGCUCGAUUGAACAGCCCGGCUAUCUUCUCAUCCGUCGUCAACUUGCUCCGAUUGAGUUGGAUCCCACUAUCUACAUAUUAAGCAGCGCAGCGGCUGAGUCGGUCGGUCCUCUCUUGUAUGAGCUGGAUGGCGUCGUAAGCAAACUCGGUUCUAAGAUUGAGCUGGUGGAUGUCGAUAAAGCUCCCGAUCUAAAGGAGAAAAUGAUCAUCUCACUGCUCGAGCUAGAUCGUCCAUGGACAGUGAAUUGGACGCCCGAUGAGAUAUCACGCUUUCAGUCGCUGUUACAGGCAAAGUGUCUCCUCUGGAUUUCACAGUGCCCGGGGCAUGAGGCGUCCGGCUAUGCAGGCUUCGGGGCUACGACUGGAAUUUUGCGAACCGUACGCAAUGAAAAUCCCCAUAUCGUGCUGCCUCAAUUACUUGUGUCCGGAAAGGAUAAGGAUCCUCACAAUUUGGCGCGCAGUAUCGCACACGUGUUGCAGCUAACAUUGAAACCUCGGUCACGGCCACACGACUGGGAGUUCUAUAUGCAAGACAAUCGUCUGCUUGUGCCGCGGGCUAUCACGGCUCGUGCAGUAGAUGAGAGCAUGGAUGCUCUCUUACAUGGCCCGCGCCCUACGCUAGCAGAGCUCGCGCAGGACUCGAGACCGCUGCGCCUCUGCACUAAGUCGCAGGAUAUCAGUGACGCCCGGUGGGAGCUGGAUGAACCGUUGAAUUCGGCCUUGCCCGAUGAUUUAGUUGAGGUGCAGCUACAUAAGGUGUCCAUCUCUGAGCCCGCCAGUAAGAGCGGUCUCUCUCCGGAGGCGCGUAUUGCGGCCAUAGAAGCAGUCGGAAUUGUUCGCCAGGUUGGAUCGUCUAUUGGCUCAGAAUUCCAAGUGGGAGACGAAGUCUUGUGUGCCAUACCCAGUGAUGCGUGGCCCAGUGCUUUAACUACCCAUGUUCGCCUCCCAGCAAGUGCUAUCUGGAAUUCGCCAUCACAGCAGAGCCAGACACAAUCAGUGUCCAUGCCGGUGGCUUUUGCAGCUGCCUACACCAGCCUCUUCGGCAGCUCCGGAGCUUCUGCUUCAUCUGUUCUCAUAGUUGGCUCUGUUAGCCAGACCCUGCGAGCCACGGUUGACUGUGCUCUGGCUGCGGGUAUGCAGGUGUACGUGGCAAUCGAUGGCGAGAAUGGGGUUAAUGAGAUGCGCUCUAAAUAUGUAGGAUUGCAUGAGAGAAUCAUUCCUAUUCACAGGGAGCUUGACACAACAGUCAAACGGCUGACUGGGGGCAAAGGAGUGGAGCUGAGCGUUUGCUGUCUAGGAGGUUCUGUCAGUCGACUUGCAGCGCGUUGCUUGGCCUACAGCGGCCGGUUGGUCGAUCUCAGUGAGGAGCUGAACCUGGCUGCCCUGCCUCAGACGUUCGUUGACCGUGGGUGCACUGUCAGCUCCGUACGGUUAUCAAAGAUGCUCCGCGAAGCCCCCCGUCAGCUGCAGGCCAACUUCCAUCGCGCAGUGGAUCUUCUCGGAUCAGACGCCCUCGCCAGCGUUCAGGCUUAUCAAUCCUUCCCUGUUUCUCAGGUUGCAGAUGCCGUUGCUCAUGCGCGAGACAGCGGUACCCGUGCGAUUGUCGAUCUCCAGGCUCCGGGUCAGGUGCCAAUUGUGCCAGCCCUCCCAGAUCCUGCCCCUCUGCCUGCGAAGAAUACCUACAUCCUGGUCGGUGGACUGGGCACUCUCGGGAUUGCACUAGCCAAUACGCUUGUUGACUGCGGAGCCCGUCAUUUUGUCUUCUUGAGCCGCUCUGGGGCUGUUCGGGAGACACAGCAAACUGCGCUGAAAGAGCUUCAAGACCGAGGUGCGCGUACUGAUGUCGUGCGCUGUGACGCGGCCUGUCAAGAGGAUGUGGAAAGUCUGUUGACCCGAGCUGAAAAAAGUCGCUGGCGUGUUCGUGGUAUCGUGCAAUGUGCAACUGUUCUGAAGGACGGCAUGUUCGAGCACAUGGACUUCGACGCGUGGAAGCAAUCUACCGAGCCCAAAAUCCAGGGGACAUGGAACCUCCACGAGGCGUUUUACUCCACCCCGCUAGACUUCUUCGUGACUCUAUCAUCCAUAUCCAGCAUAAUCGGAAACAUUGGCCAGGCCAACUACGCAGCCGGCAACGGGUACAUGGACGCUCUGAUGACCUGGCGACGCAAGCACCACCUACCAGGACAUAGUAUCAACAUUGGCCUAGUCCCAGACGCCAGCGGAGUGGGCGACGUAGCCGAAACACCCGAGCAGCGACGCCAGCGAUACCGACACAUAGAGGGUACAGAGAUUCUGCAGCAUGAGGUUCAAACUCUACUGCGGGUGAUAGUCCAGAAGAUCACCCCAGUCCCAGCACAAAUUAUCGCCGGACUGACGGACACCCUACCGCGAACCGAUGGGGCAGCUUCCUGGCAAUUCGAUCGCAAGUUCGAUCACCGGAUUCAAGUUGUUGCUGAUGAGGAUGCAGGAACUGGCGUGGUUAAGACCAGCACGUUGCUGAAAAAGGCGGAGUCGGUGGACGAGGCGGUACGCGUCGUGAAUCAGGCGCUGCAGGAGUAUUUGGCUAGGGCGAUGGCGUCGUCGGCGGAGGCUAUUGAUUUGGAGUUGCCUUUUUCGGCGUUGGGUGUUGACUCGCUCAAAGCCGCGGAGGUACAGAACUGGGUCAGUCGCGAGAUGGGCGCAGAGUUGUCCUCGUUCGAGUUUAUCGGGGCACAGCCGGUGAGGGUGUUGGCGGAGAAGAUUGCGACGUUGAGUUCGUUUGUUGUCGCUACGUAG